UCUCCCAAAAUUUGAAUUCACUUCGCCCGCUACUCGCGAAAGUGUUUCUUCUUCGUCGGAAAACCCUCCAUUGAAACUCAACUCUUCUUCCUCUCUGUUACUCGAACUGUUCAUCUCUUCUCUCUCUCUCUCUCUCUUUUCAUGGCCAUUCUGUGAAACAUGGCGGCGAUGGAGAAGCUAUUCGUGCAGAUCUUUGAGAGGAAGAAGUGGAUCAUUGACCAGGCCAAGCACCAGAUCGAUCUCUUCGACCAGCAACUUGCGUCCAAGCUCAUUAUCGAUGGAAUUGUUCCUCCGCCUUGGCUCCACUCGCCUUUUCUUCAUUCCAACAUUUCGCAUUUUGAAGGUGUAGGAGUGAGCAGGAAUUUUGUUCCUGGAGUUGAGGUCCCACGGUCGCCGCUUCAGACCCAUUGUUCUAGUUUGAAUGAGGCAUUUGUUGCAAACAGUGGGGAGGAGUUGCAGCAAAGGUUGAAUGAAGAUGCUGGUUCUUUAAACGAUGAUUUUGAUGCAGGAAUUAGGCCUGCAGUUUUACCUCAGUGCAAUGUAAGUGACGCCCGUGUCUUUAAUUGCGCACCUCGUGUUGACACAACUCCUGUUUCUCCCCAAGGUCGAGGAGGCGUAGUUUUAGAAAACUACCAAGAUCCUACUCUGUCACGGGCACGGUUACAUAGAUCUAAAUCUAGGCAAAGGGCUUUAGAGUUGCGUAAUAGCGCGAAAUCUGCUAGGUGCCACUCCCGGUAUGAGAACAAGAAUGAUUUCGUUGCUGAUGGGAUUGUGGGAUCUGCUAUUAGUUUGCUGCAAGCUGAUCACGAAGAUGAAUCAGAGUUGGCAAAGCCUUCUAGCAGCUGUAAGGGAAUUGGUUCAGUGGAAGAGGAAACUAAUGUUUGUUGCGAGAAGAAUAAUAUCUCUAUUUGCUCUGAUAAAUCUAGGCAAAGGCCUUUAGAGUUGCGUAAUAGUGGGAAAUCUUCUAGGUGCCACUCCCGGUAUGAGAACAAGAAUGAUUCCAUUGCUGAUGGGAUUGUGGGAUCUGCUAUUAGUUUGCUGCAAGCUGAUCACGAAGAUGAAUCAGAGUUGGCAAAGCCUUCUAGCAGCUGUAAGGGAAUUGGUUCAGUGGAAGAGGAAACUAAUGUUUGUUGCGAGAAGAAUAAUAUCUCUAUUUGCUCUGAUAAAUCUAGGCAAAGGCCUUUAGAGUUGCGUAAUAGUGGGAAAUCUUCUAGGUGCCACUCCCGGUAUGAGAACAAGAAUGAUUCCAUUGCUGAUGGGAUUGUGGGAUCUGCUAUUAGUUUGCUGCAAGCUGAUCACGAAGAUGAAUCAGAGUUGGCAAAGCCUUCUAGCAGCUGUAAGGGAAUUGGUUCAGUGGAAGAGGAAACUAAUGUUUGUUGCGAGAAGAAUAAUAUCUCUAUUUGCUCUGAUAAAUCUAGGCAAAGGCCUUUAGAGUUGCGUAAUAGUGGGAAAUCUUCUAGGUGCCACUCCCGGUAUGAGAACAAGAAUGAUUCCAUUGCUGAUGGGAUUGUGGGAUCUGCUAUUAGUUUGCUGCAAGCUGAUCACGAAGAUGAAUCAGAGUUGGCAAAGCCUUCUAGCAGCUGUAAGGGAAUUGGUUCAGUGGAAGAGGAAACUAAUGUUUGUUGCGAGAAGAAUAAUAUCUCUAUUUGCUCUGAUAAAUCUAGGCAAAGGCCUUUAGAGUUGCGUAAUAGUGUGAAAUCUUCUAGGUGCCACUCCCGGUAUGAGAACAAGAAUGAUUCCAUUGCUGAUGGGAUUGUGGGAUCUGCUAUUAGUUUGCUGCAAGCUGAUCACGAAGAUGAAUCAGAGUUGGCAAAGCCUUCUAGCAGCUGUAAGGGAAUUGGUUCAGUGGAAGAGGAAACUAAUGUUUGUUGCGAGAAGAAUAAUAUCUCUAUUUGCUCUGAUAAAUCUAGGCAAAGGCCUUUAGAGUUGCGUAAUAGUGUGAAAUCUUCUAGGUGCCACUCCCGGUAUGAGAACAAGAAUGAUUCCAUUGCUGAUGGGAUUGUGGGAUCUGCUAUUAGUUUGCUGCAAGCUGAUCACGAAGAUGAAUCAGAGUUGGCAAAGCCUUCUAGCAGCUGUAAGGGAAUUGGUUCAGUGGAAGAGGAAACUAAUGUUUGUUGUGAGCAGAAGAAUAUCUCUAUUUGCUCUCAUAAAUCUAGGCAAAGGUCUUUAGAGUUGCGUAAUAGUGCGAAAUCUGCUAGGUGCCACUCCCCGUAUGAGAACAAGAAUGAUUCCGUUGCUGAUGGGAUUGUGGGGUCUGCUAUUAGUUCGCUGCGAGCUGAUCACGAAGAUGAAUCAGAGUUGGCAAAGCCUUCUAGCAGCUGUAAGGGAAUUGGUUCAGUGGAAGAGGAAACUAAUGUUUGUUGCGAGAAGAAUAAUAUCUCUAUUUGCUCUGAUAAAUCUAGGCAAAGGCCUUUAGAGUUGCGUAAUAGUGUGAAAUCUUCUAGGUGCCACUCCCGGUAUGAGAACAAGAAUGAUUCCAUUGCUGAUGGGAUUGUGGGAUCUGCUAUUAGUUUGCUGCAAGCUGAUCACGAAGAUGAAUCAGAGUUGGCAAAGCCUUCUAGCAGCUGUAAGGGAAUUGGUUCAGUGGAAGAGGAAACUAAUGUUUGUUACGAGCAGAAGAAUAUCUCUAUUUGCUCUGAUAAAGUUACAAUAGUUGGAAGCCCUGGGUUGCAAAGUAGCUCUAUUGAUGUGGUUAAUUCUUUAAAUAUUUACAUAGAAAAUGAAGGGUUAUGUGUAGCGGAAGGUUCAACGCGGAAUUCUUAUAAAGUGAAUGAGCAAUUUGACUCGCCUAGUACUUCUUCGGGAAAGAUUGGAUACUGUGAAGAAGGGCCGGCAAGUUGCAGGAGUCAGGAAUCUAAUUUUGAUAACGCUGAACUCUCUAGGUUGCAAUGUAGCUCUUUGGAUGUGGAUAAAUCUUCACGCAUUCCCCCUGAAGAUGGAAGAGGGUAUCCUAUAGGAGGAUCAAAAUUGCAUUCUGAUCAAGUGGAUGAGCAACUGGACUUGCCUAAACCUUCUUCUGACAAUGUUGAGUGCUGUGAAGAGGCAGUAUUAGUAGACUGCAGGAGCCAGGAAUGUAAUCUUGACAAUGCUCUACAGUCCGAGUCACAACGAAGUUCUCCGGAUGUGGACGAUUCAGCAUGCAUUGACGCCACUGAUGGAAGAUUAUUGGACUUGUCUAACCCUUCUUCUGGCAAUGUCAAAUGCUGUGAAGAAACUAUUUUAGGACAUUGUAGGAGCCAGGAAUGUAAUUUUGAUAAUGCCCGAGAGGCUGGGUCGCUAUACAACUCCCAGGAUGUAGAUAAGUCUUCAUACGUCCACCCUGAGGACAGACGAUCAUGUCCUAAUGGAAGUUCAGAAGUGCAUUCUGAUGAACUGAAAGAGCGAUUGGACUUAUCUAAAUCUUCUUCCGACAAUAUGGAGUGUUGUGAAGAAGAAAUAUUAGGAGAUUUCAGGAGUCAGGAGUAUAAUUUUAAUAAUGCUCAAAAGUCUGGGAUGCAACAUAACUCCCUGGAUGCGGAUAAUUCAUCAUGCUUUUCUUCUGAAAAUGGAACUCGUUCCGUUGGAAGUUCAAAACUACAUUCUGAUCAAGUGAGUGAGCCGUCGGAGUUGUUUAGGCCUUCUUCUGCCAAUAUUGAAUGCCAUGAAGAAGGACUAGGAGACUGCAGGACCCAAGAUUGUAAUUUUGAUAAUAAUGCAGAAAAGUCUGGUUUAGACAAAAUUUCCAGUUCACCAAUAACGGAAGUAAGGGAGAAAACAUCAGAUAAGAAGCCCUCCACUUCCGUGGAUGACAAGAGGGAUGUUAAUGAAAAAGAAAAAUGCAAUUCACCCCUGCACAUGCCUAUGCCGCAGAUUCAGGUCGACUCAUUGAACGAAGACGAAUAUGAUAAAGGUGUAUAUGAAUCUCAAAGUGAAAAGAGAUAUGAUAAAGAAGUAGCUACUUGUUCUUUGCUGCAAAGUGAUGAACCUGCAGAACAAAAUAUUUCUUUGAAAGACGGAGUGCCAAAUUUGCAGUAUUCCCAUGAAAAUGCAGUUGAAAUUCAACUAGUGGAUACAGACGAUGCAUCAAUUCUGAUAAGAGAUACAGAAACGUUUAGAGAUCAAAUGGUCAUGGCUCCUUGUGUUCCUUCCGCUGGUGAGGGGGAUAGUAAUUUGGAACAGCAACUAAAAAGUUCAGGCAUAACUCAGUGUGAAGAUUCAGGUUCCUUUGAGGGUUGCACUGAUCACAUGGUCAUGGCUCCUUGUGUUCCUUGCGCUGGUGAGGGGGAUAGUAAUUUGGAGAAGCCACUGAAAAGUUCAGGCAUAACUCAGUGUGAAGAUUCAGAUUCCUUUGAGGGUUGCACUGAGCAGAAUGGUAACCAUCAUUACGUAUCAACAGAGUGCCAGACUGCAGAGACAUCAAUAGAGUUAAAAACUUUCAGCUCAGUUUUGAGGGCAUCUAGUUCUAAUGAAAAGGAGAUAGAGGUUGAGCUGCAAUUGGACAAUGGUAUUCCAGCGUCUUUCGGCUUGAGGAUUGAGCAACUUCAAAUUAUCAACAGGAGUCCCAUAGAUAAAGACUUGAUGCAGGAAUUUGACACUGAAAAACCUGUCCUUGAACUUCAACGAUUAUCAUUUUGUGAAGAAGGUUACCAACAACCAAAUGUGAGCAUCGGCCCCACUGAAAUAUUGCGAUUGGAAAAAGAAGCUCGCUUAAUUCAGGGGUCUGAUUCUUCAUCCACGCUUCCAGUCAAAGAGGAUCUCUCUCGGUUCGGAAGCAAUAACAGAGGUACACCAUUGCAAAAUGGUAUGCUAGAGAGCCAAAGUUUGGUUCCCGAAGAAAAUUUUCAGUGUGGAGAUAUUGAACUUCCUACGGAUACUGGGAAAACUGAUGGAAUGGAGGAAAAGGGGAAACUUGCUUUGUGCUCGCUUCAUACUCCACUUACCCAAACUUCUCAUUAUCUUGGUGCAGACAAGGAUAUGCCUGCUUUAGAGGGGUUCCUAAUGCGAUCUGAUGACGAAGAGCCAUGCAUUUCUGUUGGUGGAAUCAACUUUGACAAAUUAGAUCUUUCAAAAUGUAUGAUAGAACGUGCUAGCAUCUUGGAGAAAAUUUGUAAAUCUGCUUGUAUAAACAGUACAUUAUCCUCACCUUCAGAAAGUUUUAGGCUGAACAAGGUGACAGAUUUGUACAAUUCUCUUCCUAAUGGUCUACUAGAGUGCAUGGACUUGAAGAAUAACCUUCUGAUGAAUGAUCAAAAUAAGCUACUGAAGGAUGGUAGUAACUCUUUGAAUGGAGAAGUCAACUGCUCUCCUCAUGGGUCUUCUUUUGAUUGCCUGCAAAGCUUUAACAAUCAUUCAGCUGGUGAUCUCAGGAAGCCAUUUGCAUCUCCAUUUGGUAAGUUGUUGGAUAGAAAUUCAUUAAAUUCGUCAAGUUCUGGAAAACGAAGCAGCCAGAACAUAGAGCUUCCUUGCAUUAGUGAGGAAGCUGAGAAUACCGAUGAGAUUGAUAACGAAUUUUCGAAGGCUAUGAGAUCGAGCAAGCGAGCACCACUUGUUGACAUUACAGAAGAUGCAAAUGUCGAGGUAACAGUUUCUGAAGCUGUGGCGGUUGCUGAUAGAUUGAGUUUAGAAUCUUUAAACAUAGAACUAAGCAACACAAGGACUCAUAAUGGGACCAAAGAGAAUCUGGGAAACCAGAAAAGCAGCAAGAGGAAAUAUGUGAAUGAGGCUGUGAGUCGUGAUUCCUUGCCAGGAGAAAACGGUGCUAAAAGAGUCACUAGAUCAUCCUAUAAUACAUUUAGCCGGUCAGAUUUAUCCUGUAAAAAAGAUUUCAGAAAGGAAGGUCCUCGAUUCUCUGAAAAGGAAUCCAAGCAUAGAAAUAUCGUGUCCAAUAUAACUUCUUUUAUUCCUCUUGUCCAACAAAGAGAAGCUGCAACUAUUUUGAAAGGGAAGAGAGAUAUUAAGGUGAAGGCCAUCGAAGCUGCUGAGGCUGCAAAACGCCUUGCAGAAAAGAAAGAAAAUGAACGUCAAAUGAAGAAAGAAGCCCUGAAACUUGAAAGAGCAAGAAUGGAACAAGAGAAUUUGAGGCAGAUUGAACUGGAUAAAAAGAAGAAAGAAGAAGAGCGGAAGAAGAAGGAGGAAGAAAGGAAGAAAAAGGAGGUUGAUAUGGCAGCAAAGAAAAGACAGAGGGAAGAAGAAGAGAGGAAGGAGAAAGAAAGAAAAAGAAUGCGUGUUGAAGAAGUUAGGAGACGAUUACGAGAGCAUGGUGGGAAGUUACGAUCUGAUAAAGAGAAUAAGGAAGCAAAACCCCAAGCCAAUGACCAAAAACCACGUGACAGAAAGGGAUGUAAGGAUGGGACUGUCAAACUGGUCAAGGAAAGUGGACAUGACAGCUUUCACAAACUCUCGGUUACCGAGUCUAAGACUACUUCUACAAGCGAUGCUGUGAGGGGAAGCUUUGUUGUGGAGGACUCACAACCAACGAGUGUUGAUUUUCUAGAAGCAGAGGCACUCGAAAAUGUGAUGGAAGAUAGAAUCUCCGAAACAAGUGAAGAACAAUCAUAUCAGAUCUCUCCUUACAAAGCUUCUGAUGAUGAAGAUGAAGAGGAUGACGAUGACGGCAUACAAAAUAACAAAUUUGUUCCUUCAUGGGCCAGUAAGGAUCGCUUAGCUGUUCUUUUUGCUUCCCAGAAAAGAUUGGAUCCAGAAAUUAUCUUUCCACCGAAAAGUUUUUGUGACAUAGCUGAAGUUCUCUUGCCUCGACAACAUCAGUUUAAAUAGACAAUAGACCGAACCUUCACAAUGUGGAUAGAUUUUUAUCUCCAACACAAACAUUCCCCUUUCUGCCUGUGCAAGAGACUUGCCUAGAUUUGCUGAUUAAUUUCUCAAGGAAUUGCUGCUCAGGUGACUAGUUUCUUGCUGCUCUAUAACUCUGAAUAGCUAUAAAUUGAGAUGAUCAUUGUACAACUACGCAGCUUUAUAUGUAGGGUCAAUUUCUUAGCACCAAAAUAAACUAUAAAACCCGGUUCUCACCACCCUCCUUAUGACUGGAUAUCUCAACCAUGAAACAGUCGGGGAAGAAGGCUGUAGUGAAUUCUUGGUGUUAACCUUCCCUUCUUUUGCUUUGGGGUAGGCAGGGGGAGGAAUUAGGUUACUCCAACUCGUAGGUGUAAAGCACUAGUUUCUAACAUAGCUUCUCUAUGUACAAUUUUUUUUAAUAUAUUAUCUUAUGAAGAAGAUGAAAGUGCA